AGAUAAAAAUUUAUUUGAUUUACAAAUAUAAACAAACCGUCGAUCACAACAAAUCGUGUUUACAAAUGGCGUUUUCACAAUAUUUCAAACUCGAACCAAAUAAUUUAAUAAAAAGUUUGUCACGUUAAAUGUCAUGGGUAAUAAUUUGUGUUGUUGUUUUAGGAAGAGAUCAAAAAAGAAUAUCUGUGUGCUCCUUCUCGGUUUGGACAACGCUGGUAAAACGGUAGCAGUAAGAUCGUUGGCCAAUGAACCAAUUGAUGAAGUUGUACCCACUGUUGGAUUUUCAAUAGUUAAUUUAAAUUAUAAUGGUUAUAAUGUGAAGAUGUAUGAUUUGGGUGGAGGUGUUACGAUUAGAGGAAUAUGGCAUCGAUAUUUUAUAGAUGCUCACGGAAUUAUUUUCGUAAUAGAUUCAAGUGAUUUUACCCGAUUACGUGAAGUAAAAGAAAUCCUAUCGAACGUACUUUUACACGAAAAAAUCUCAGGAAAACCAGUACUGAUUUUAGCUAAUAAACAAGACAAUGAAAACGCAAUCGAUGAAAUAGAUUUAAUCGAAAUGUUACAAUUAGAAGAAUUAGUAAAUCAGCAAAAAUGUCCAACGUUAGUCGAAACAUGUUCAGCCACAAUGCCUUAUUCCUCAAAAUCAUCGAAAUUAUCGAAACUUCAACAUUUAGACCCAGGGAUUAGAAAAGGUUUUAAUUGGUUGAUGAAUUGCGUUAUUCGUGAGUAUAAAAACUUAGAUGAACGAGUUUUAAAAGAUGUUCGGGAAGAAGAAAUAGCUGUAACAAAAUCGAGAAGUGAAAUUAUCGAACGGUUAAAGGUGAAAAAAGAAAUCGAGCAGCGUAAAAAUCAAGAUGAUAUUAUUGAAUUGUAUUCGGAUUAUGCAAAUAAAAAUGGUAAGGUUAUUAAACCGUUUGAUCAAAGUACUGUUUCAACUCCGUCGUCGUCUCCUGAAAGUUUUACUAAUCGUUCGCCAAGAAUUUAUAAUACAAAUUAUAAUCCGAAUCGAUUUGAUGAACACGUUGGUGCCAGACCAAAAUCAGCAACUCAAGUGGUUAAAGAACAAUUAGAAAUGCAUCAUAAUGAAAAGAAAUUGUUAAAGGGCACAUUAAAAUUCAAAUAUAAUAAAACGCAACCAAUGAGUUUUUGUGGUUCUAGUUCACAUAGUGCUCAAACAACGCGGAGUUUGUUUAAUAAUGGUGAUAGAAGAAUGAAAUCAGCUGGUGAUUCGGUUUUUAUGGUUGCAAAUGGGGGAAAUUUUGGGGGUAUUAAUUAUAAUAAUAUGGCCGGUGGAGAUUUACAGCAGCAUUUAUUUCACGUUAAACACAAGAGACGUAAAGAGCAUAAUCUAAAUAAUAUUGACGUUUCUGGUGGAGACAAUAAUAUUAGUGUUAUUGAUGUUGAAUAAUUGUUUAUUUUUUUAUUUAAUAAGAUAAGGUUGCACUGUUUUUUUUCUAAUUAUAGUUCAAGGAAUGUAUGUAAAUAAUUC